AUGUCGGGGUUUUCGGCUUUCUUUGGUGUGAUAUAUGUAGAAUGGGACACUGGCUCGAGAUAUCCAUACAGAUACGGACCUAUAAUGGAUAAAUAUGAUGUAACUUUAUGUAACGAACCUAGAAUUCUGAACAAAGAAACUAUUGCUGUUGGUUCUCUCGUCAAAAAAGGUCCAGACUGGGAUUGGAGAGACCUGGAGAAGAGUAAUGGGAGUAUAGGAUCAGUUUACAGACGUAAACACAAUGGAAUCGUGCUUGUGCGAUGGCAAAACGGGCAAACAACAGAAAACAGAUUUGGAUAUCAUGGGAAAUAUGAUCUACGGGUUUGCGAUCCUUUCUCACCGGAAGCUGUUGAUUAUCUCCAAGAACAAAUCAGAAAGGCAGAACUUAGUGAGUCAUCUGUGAAACUUUCUGAAAGUUUUUCGUCAAAUGGUACGCUUUUCAAGAAUUCUUACCUUUAA